GUAAUUUGAAUUAGUAGACCCCACUAGAAAACUUCUAUAAUAUCCAAUGAGGCACUAUUUCAAACCCACCAUUUUCCCACAAACAUGAAAUUCCCAUUUCCCUUCAAAUCCAGCGAAAUAACAACCACCGCCGCCGCGUCGUGGUCGUGGCCCAGCUGCGCAACCUCCUCGAGAACACGCUCCUUCCGCGCCCCUGAUCCACACCAACACGCAGCCUCAAAUCGAGAAUCCGCCGUGGUCAGCGGGCUGAGAUCGGAGCGCCUCUUCUUCGAGCCCGGCGCGACGAGUUCCGCGCUGGCGGAGGCAGAAUUAGGCGGCGGAGAUAGAGAAUCGGAGCGCGGCGGCGGCUCGGCGUUGGUGGUGGCGAUGAAUUCGAGGGAUCCGUUUCUGGAUUUUAGGGCUUCGAUGGCGGAGAUGGUGGAGGGCGGCGGGGAGAGGGAUUGGGGGUUUUUGGAGGAGCUGCUGGAGUGGUAUCUCAGAGUUAACGAUGAGAGCAACCAUGGAUACAUAGUUGAUGCUUUUGUGGAUUUGGUCAUGGAUGAAUACAGCUCUUCUUCUUCUUCUUCAAUUGCUACCGAUUCGUCUUCUUCGUCUUCUUCUUCUGUUUGAGGAGUGAGUUUUCUAGAGAGAGAAAGAUAUCAAUGUAAUUAGCGAUGUCAUUUAUUAUUUGCUUAGCUUUUGGUGGGUUUGCGUUUAAUAUCGUUGAUUAAUGAUUAAUGAUUAAUGAUUAAUGAAUAAGAAAAAUUAUGUUUCUAA